ACGGCUACUUUCUGGAACGAAAGCAGAAUUCUGGACUGGAAUUGAAGAAACAUCACAACAUUCGGUCUGAUGACUUGUCUGGCUGAGGUUCGAAAUGUCGCCCCCUACAUACUACCUCGCUUCUGUUAUUGUCGCAUCGUUCAUGACAUUUGUUCGUUGUUAUUUCGCCUCGCUCGGCUUGAGGCGACUCUCUGGCUGUACUAUAGGCAUACUUUUCAGCAAGCAGCCGUGGGGGGCCGCUACCAGAACAGAUCGAGAAGAUGUGUUCCGCCAUGAAAUGGCGGUGUAGUAGGCGCAGCAGUCGUUACUCAUGGUGGAGAAAUACAUUGAG